GUGUGUGAGAAAGAAGAAGAGCAAGAGGAAGAAGAAGUAGUAGAAGAAGAAAGGACCACUAUUGUCUGUCAUUUCAAUUCAUGGACAUGCAAUACACCUGCUAUUAUAUCUAAACCAAGUCAUGGAUGACCUACAUUUUUCUCCUGCAAUUUCAAACUGAUGUGAGAAGUGAGAAACUUGUAUUUACAGGUUACCAUUCAGGAUGGACAGCCAGAACCAAUACUGUGUGUCCCGGCCCAUAUACUCCACCCGCGCCUUCGAACACGUCAAUGAGAAGCAAGUCCGGGAGACUAAAACCAUUAAAGAGAGGCUCAGGAACUCUGUCAAAUGUUCUCCUAAACUAAUCCCACAGAUAAUUAAGAAGUUUUUUCCAAUUCUUAAUUGGCUCCCGAUAUAUCAGCUGAAGCAAUGGCUUCCUGGUGAUAUAGUAGCAGGAGUCACCACCGGAAUGGUUUGUGCUCUACAAGGCUUGGCAUACUCACUGCUAGUUGGUGUUCCACCAGUGUAUGGACUCUAUGCUGCUUUCUUCCCAAUUCUCACCUACUUCAUUCUGGGCACUUCAAGACAUCUAUCUGUGGGUCCUUUUCCAGUCACCUGUCUAAUGCAGGGAGCUGUGGUGUUAAGUCUUGCUCCUGAUGAGCUGUUCUUGUAUCACGGCAACACAACAGGUGUAAAUGGGACAGCAACGUUGGUGGUGAAUACAACAGCAAGGGAUGCCACGAGAAUCUCAAUAGCGACCUCAAUGACCGUGCUAAUAGGACUGUUUCAGUUUGGCAUGGGUGUGGUCCAGGUGGGCUUCCUGGUGCGAUACUUGUCUGACCCACUGGUAGGAGGCUUCACUACAGCAGCAGCUUUGCAAGUCGUCGUCUCCCAACUAAAACUGAUCUUUAACGUUCCUACAAACAACUACAAUGGCAUUCUGUCCCUCUUUUAUACUAUCGGUGACAUAUUUAAAAACAUCAAGCAAACCAACAUGGUUGACCUUAUCGCUGCAGUGCUGACCAUCAUUGUGGUGAUGCUUGUAAAAGAGUUCAACACCAAAUUUCAGAAAAAACUUCCAGUGCCUAUCCCCAUUGAAGUGAUUGUGACCAUCAUUGAUUCAGGCGUGUCUUAUGCAAUGGACCUCAGCACCAAUUAUGGCGCUGGCAUUGUUCGCACCAUCCCAAGAGGGUUUAUUCCACCCCGGUCACCAGACGUGUCACUCUUUAGCAGUUUUGGGGGCCCUAGUUUUUCCACGGGAGUGGUGUCUUAUGCCAUAGCAAUAUCAGUAGCUAAAGUCUAUGCUGCAAAACAUGAACUCAUAGUUGAUGGCAAUCAGGAGCUGAUAGCCUUUGGUAUCAGCAACAUUUUCUGUGGCUGUUUCUCAGGAUUUGUGGCCACUACUGCACUGUCACGCACAGCAAUUCAGGAGAGCACAGGAGGGAAAACUCAGGUGGCAGGGAUAAUAUCAGCUCUGAUGGUGCUGAUAGUGAUUGUGGCUGUUGGGCCUCUGCUUCAGCCUCUACAGAAGUCAGUGCUGGGGGCCAUUAUUGUUGCCAAUCUGAAAGGAAUGUUCAUGCAGGUGCAUGAUGUGCCCAUACUGUGGAGGAAGAACAAGACUGACUGCUGUAUUUGGGUGUUAACAUGUCUUGCCUGCAUCUUCCUGGGACUGGAUGUGGGAUUGCUGACUGGCGUAAUAUUUGAGCUGGGCACUGUGGUUAUUAGGACGCAGUUUCCCACCUGCUCAACACUUGGAAAUGUUCCCAGCACAGAAAUCUAUAAAAAUAUGAAAGACUACAAAAAUAUUAUUGAGUGUCCUGGAGUGAAGGUUUUCAAAUGCGCAGCACCAAUAUAUUUUGCCAACAUUGAAUACCUCAGAGACCAGAUAAAACAUACAGUGGGAUUUAAUGCAGUGCGGGUAUUUAAGAAAAGGAACAAAGCACUAAAGAAGAUUCACCAGUUAAUUAAAAAAGGGAAACUGAAAGUCACUGAGAACGGGUUGGUGCCAGUGGCCCCUCUGGGUGUGGACAAUGAGGCAUUUGAGAGAGAGCGGGACCCUGAACAAGUGGAAGGUGGGGCUCAGCAGGAAGUCAAUGGUGGGGCUCGUCCAGCAGCGGAAGUGGAGGUACAAGUGGACUGGAGUUCCACACUGCCUGUCAGUGUGAGAAUCCCUAAAGUCAACAUCCACAGCUUGGUGAUGGAUUUCACUGCUGUCUCCUUCCUGGACGUGAUGGCUGCAAAGUCUCUAAAACUGAUCAUAAAGGAAUUUAUGCGCAUUGGAGUCAACGUGUACCUUGCAGGCUGUGAUGAUGAGAUCAUCAUGAAGAUGGAGUCCAUGGGUUUCUUUGAUGAGGUGGUGAACAGAGGCAUGCUCUUCAUCUCUGUUCAUGAUGCCAUUCUCUACAUCAAAAUGGAAACUGACAGUGAGAAUUCAGAUGACUCAAUGGCAGAGAAGAUUUCACAGAUGCAGGAUGACAAAGCACCACCACCUUUCACAGAAGAUGAAGACUUGAUUGAGACCUACGACAACCAGCACUUGGCUAUCCAUGGACUCUCAAGCUGAGCCUCAAUCCCAUUUCCCUUGUAGAAAAGAAUUCUUUAGAGGGCACAUGCAGCCUGAAGGAGCUUCAUCGUCUUCAAUGUGAUUAUCUUCAGUCAACACUAAGAACCUGAGCUACAUAUUAAUUUAGCACUAGUUAAGCCCUAGACUGAGAUUUUUGAAGGAGAAUCUCUAUUAACCGGUGAUAUUUAUUCCAAAAUGAGGCUUAAUGUGCUUUAACAGCAAAUUAAGGAUAAAGAUGAAUCUCGUUUAUGUCUGUUUCAGUCCGCAUACAUAUUUAUAUCAAUGACAGGUCAGAUGUUUCUGAGAGUGUCACUCAUUUCACUGAUGCUGUUUUAAAAGCAAGAAAAUAUUCUAGUGGUAACCAAGUACAAUGAAUGAAUGAAUUAAUUGGUUUAUUUAUUACACAAUGUGUAGCACUUAAAAUUUGCACUACCCCACCUCCUAGAAUACGUAACAUUACCAAACAUAACUCAUGCUGUAAGACGUUCUAAGACAUUGACUUGGGAAUUAUUUCUGUGCAGGUGUUAUUGAUUUCCUGAGGUUUUCAACAGGAGCAAUAUGGUACACAGCCAAACUCACUUCUGGGCUUCUUAUUGACAAUUUACUUAUAUUUGCUGUUCUUCUGAAUAGACUUGCAAUCAAUUUACUACACUUACAGUUCACAAGAUUACACUUGUGGCUUGUUAACCUGGUUAACAUUUUGCUUUCUUGUUGUGUAGCGCUUUAACGUCCUGAUAUGAACAUAUAUCCCUGCCUGUCGUACUUUUUCAUCUUCGUAGGAUCUCAUAUGAAAUUAAGACUUGGUUCAACAUAUUAAGCAUAAGCAAGCCUGAUUUUAAGCCAAAAAAGCAGUUUUUCUUUUAAAACUAAAUUAUUUUACUUAUCUAUGUAUAAAGUGCUGUUGCUCUUAGUGUCUAUAUUUUGUAAUUAUAUUGUAAUUAUACUACAUUGUAAUAUUGAUAUAUUGUAUUAUGUUUUUCUUGUUAUGUAUUCUUAUCUAAAUACAUUGUAUGUCUGCAAA